CACAAACCACGUGACCUGCUGUCAUACUGGAAUGGCUCUCAUCGCUCACUGUAUUACUUCGCCUUGAGAAAAUGGGAUUGUCCAUACGCCUAGCUAAAACAGACAGAUUUAUCCGCUAUAAAGACGUUAAUAAACACCUAAAUAAAUCCGGCGUGAUAGCUAAGAGUGACAAGGUGACAGGUUGGAGGAGCCCAACAUGGUGUUUUUUCAGUUACCCGAUGAUGUUCUUUACCUAAUCUUGUCGUACCUGGACUACAAAUCGCUAUGUCGCCUCUCUCAAGUCUGCAAGAGAAGCCAGCACUUCACUCUCCGCGACGUGGUGUGGAGGAAGAUAGCGAGACACUUUAUCAACACUGGACUGACACGGGAAGGAACAGACCUAUAUCCUACCAUUGCCCUAAAGGACAGGGUGAAGAUUUCCCAAAAUUGGAGUCACGGUGUUUGUCGUAACAAUGUCCUUCUCAAGUGGAAGAUAAACUUGUUGCCGUGGCUACAGCUGGAUGGAGAUUUGCUGUAUCUUUCUCAGGCAGCAGACAUUGGAGCGUACGAUCUCAGGGGGGCUGAGAGAGGGAGGUUUCAACAUAAUAGGGUGGACGUUUUUUCAGGACACCAAGAAGACGUGUGUCGAUUCACAGUGACGGAUGAACAUCUCAUCAGCGCUGGAGGAGAUGGGAAGAUCAUCGUCCAUUACAAAAACCGUGAUUAUUCUGUGGAGUAUUAUGGCCAUAAUCAGGAGGUGAACUGUAUUGACUGCAAGGGUGAAUUGAUCAUUAGUGGCUCUAGAGACAAGACUGCUAAGCUGUGGACAUUAAAUCCAGACCAGCUGGGCAAAUGUCUUCAUAUCAUCCCUACUUAUGACAGAGUGUGGUCAGUGGCCAUCAGCCCCUCUCUCUGUACCUUCGUGACUGGAGCAGCAUGCUGUGAAAACUUUGCUCCUCUUCGGAUAUGGGACACAGAAAGGUGUGACUUGGUGACGUGUCUUGGCACAAAUUUCCGCAGAGGCGCAGGUGUGUUGGAUAUUGUGUACGAGUCUCCCUUCCAGCUCCUCACCUGUGGAUAUGACACCUUCAUCCGCUACUGGGAUCUGCGUGUCUGCUCCAGGAAGAGUGUGAUGGAGUGGGAGGAGCCUCAUGACAAUGCACUUUACUGUAUGAAGACCGAUAAUAAUUAUAUGAUCGCCAGCGGUUCCUCCUACUAUGGAGUAGUGCGUCUGUGGGACAAACGGCAAACCCGCUGUUUACAGAUGUUCCAGCUCGCCUCCACCACCAGUAGCCCAGUAUACAGCCUGUGCUUCAAUGCCACACACCUGUACGCUGCCCUCGACUCAGCCCUUUACUCACUGGACUUUAGAACCCCAGGGCCCAGGCCCAAGAGAUAAAACAGCUCACUCACAGCACACACACACACACACACACACACACACACACACACACACACACACACACACACACAGUUACACGUGCCUUGGCAUUUAAGUCCACAUUACACAACUUCAACACCUUUUCCCUCCAGCUCUGACAUCGAGCCUUUGACCUUUUACCCUUCCAAAACCUCAGCUUAGAACUUCAGGAACCCAAUUAAAAUAUCUGUACCCAGUGUGGCCUUGGAUUGGUGCCACAGAUAGUAGCAGAUAGUUGUCAUUUCUUCACUAAUCUGUGUCACUGGCUGUUGAGAGGAGCAGAGGGAGCAGGGUUCAUGACCUUCUGUGACCUGAGCUUUAACGGAUUUAACACAUUGCCAGCGACCUGUGGGAUUAUAAAACAAACACUGCUCAGAGCUGCCUGAACACUCCAUGGGUAUUUAUGCUGAAGGGUAUACAGUACAAUAACAUUUUUUUCAGCUGUUCAUUUUUUCCUCAAAAAAAAAAAAUUUUAAAUGGGUUGACUUGGCUUUGUGAUUUUUUUUUUUUCCUGUUCACAGUUAAAAGAUGUUGUGAAGGUGUUGCUUUUAUUCAGCACUUGUUCUGUAUAGAUGCCACUUUAGGCAAAUAAAGCUUUUAUACUGUAAACACA